AUGGAAAUCUAACCCCUUCUAAUUGUUGUUUCAAUUGUUAAUUUUAAUGUCAAAACAUUGUAUAGAUUGCUAAUAUGGUAAUUGUUACUAAUACAAAAAAUUAAAUGGAUGGUAGAUAUUUGUAAUCGGAUGGAUCUUGUAAGAGUAUUUGUGGAGACAAUAUAUUAGUUCUUGGAAAUGAAGAAUGUGAUGAUAAUUUUGAUUAAAGUCUUUGCAAAAAAUGUUAAAUCACCUGUGAUAUCAAUUGUUUAUAAUGUUAUAAUGGAUAUUGGAUUAAUUGUAUUUUAGGUUAUAAAUGGGAUUUCUUAUUAUAAUAAUGUGUUAAAGUUUGUGGAAAUAAUGAAUUGGUAAAUUAAGAAAAUAUGUGUGAAGAUGGAAAUAAUCAACUAGAAGAUGAAUGCUACUAAUGCUAAUUCCAUUGUUAACAAUCAUGUACUUUAUGCACUUCAGAUGGACGCUUAGAAUGUAAUAUUGAAGGAUGGAUAUUAGAUUAGUUAAAAAACAGAUGUGAAACUAUUUGUGGUGAUGGAAUUAUUGUAUAAUAUUAUGAAGAAUGUGAUGAUUUAAUAGAUAAAAAUUGUUUUUAGUGUAAAUAAAAUUGUUAAGAUUCUUGCUUAAUUUAUGACAAAGGGGAUUGUUUAUAAUGCAAAAAAGGAUGGAUUAUCACAUUAGAUAAACGAUGUCACCCAUUUUUCGGAAAUUCUUAAAUUGUUGGUGAUGAAUAGUGUGAUGAAAUUCAAUAAUGAAUGA